AUGACUGGCCCAACUAAAAGGCGAGCCAAGCUCUCCAUGGCGUGCUUCACCGUUGACCCGCUCAAGGUUGUAGUCGGCAAAGACGAAUCACAAAAAAUGUUUUAUAUCCAGAAGGAGCUCAUAUGUAGCGAGUCCGAGUUCUUCGCAAUUGCUUGUAAGGACGCAUGGAAGAGCGGCAGAGACAAUACCGUCACCCUUGCUGAGAACGAUCCGGAAAUCUUUGGAGUCUUCCUAGUCUGGCUCACCACCCGCGAUAUCCAAAACGCGGACGGCGUGCUGUCUCUUGAAUUUGUCGAGCAAGAAUUCGGGAAAGGCAAACAGAAUGAUGCAUUCAAAGACGCGACGGUCAAUUCCGCAUCUGCACAAUUUGACUUGCUAGCUCGUUGCUACGGCUUCGGGGAUUUUAUUCAAAGCAUGGGCUUUUGCAAUUGUGCCAUGGACCACAUCAUCAGUAUUUCCCACCACGUUUGGAAAGGCUCGAAUAAAAUCAUAGGGGUCGCAGCCAGACACAUCAAGCUCGUGUAUCCCCUCACCAAGGUCAAUUCCCGCUUGCGCCAGUUUUGUAUCGAUACGUGGGUCACUAGCGUGUCGAGUAAGUGGGUGGAAGCCAACAUCGAGUUCUACUUGGGAAGAACUUGUGACGAUUUCUUAAAAGCCAUUAUUCCUAGACUGAUGGUUAAGGAGACUUGGGGGAAAGAAUACUACCCUGAUGAGUAUCCUUGGGUUUUCCCGUGGCGACGACAGCCAGCUUACUAUCAUCUCAAACCGACGCCGGAGAUGGUCAAUGGGACGGUUGGGGUCUAG